AUGUCGCAGUGGACGGGUGAGCAACGUGCGUUCGUAAUCGAAGCGUAUUUCAAGGCCAAUGAUUCGUGUGCAACUGCUCGUCGUAGAUUUUGUUCACGUUACAAUAUUCGACGAUUACGUGAUGCCCCAAGUGAAAAUUUGAUUUGCUCAUGGGUGCGAAGGUUCCGGGCAACAAGUUCGGUGACAAACAGCCCACGGCCGGGGCCCAGCCGGACAUCGAGAACAAAUGAAAAUAUUGAACUCGUCGCUACAAGUUUGCACGAUAAUCCUCGUCAGUCCGUGCGCAAGAGAGCGGCUGCCCUGGGACUUCCAGAAACUAUUGUGCUUGAAAUACUGAGGAAGGAUCUUGGACUUUACCCCUUCAAAAUUCAGAUUGUGCAAGAACUUAAGUCUAACGAUUACAAUUUGCGUAAAAAUUUCUGCGAGACCCUGUUGGAACGAUUUCGCACG